AUGGCACGUGGAGCUGGAGGUCUAUUAGAUGGUGGAUUUGUAUUCAAAUUGGGAAGAUUAUUCAAAACUCCAUAUGGUGGUGAAGGUGUCGAUUUUAUUGAUCAAUUAAAUUAUCAAUUUACUGGUGGACUAAUGGUUAUAUUUAUAGCAAUUAUCAGCUUACGACAAUAUGUUGGUAAACCAAUUCAGUGUUGGGUACCACAAGAGUUUACAAAAUCCUGGGAGGAAUAUGCUGAAAAUUUAUGCUGGGUAUCAAAUACGUACUUCUUGUUACCUAAUGAAGAGAUACCAACAGAUCAAGUGGAUUAUGAAAAAGUUAAAUUUAUUGGCUAUUAUCAAUGGGUCGCUAUAGUCUUAGCUGGUCAAGCUAUGAUGGCAUGGGUACCACACUUACUCUGGCGUGUUGGUUCAAGACGUUUACCUCUAUUAUUAAAAUCAGCCAAAGAAGCUGCUAUACCUGAUCGUGAAUUGCGACUCAAGGCUGUUUCAUGUUUAGUUGCAACACUAGAAGAACAAGCUGAAUCACAGUCAAGAUUUAGACGAAUAAAAUCAAUUGUAAAUCGAUGUCUAUGCGGUGUCACACCAAAUGCUCGUUUAACUAUGCUCUUCUUGUUUGUACGAGCAUUAUUUGUAGCUAAUUCAGUUGGACAGAUUUAUCUAAUGAAACGUUUUACCGGUUUUAAUAGUACUGUAUUUGGUCUGCGAUUAUUACAAGAUUUAUCCUCUGGGAUUGAAUGGGAACGAACUGGACAUUUUCCCCGUGUCACAUAUUGCACAAUAAAAGUUCGUAAAAUGGGUCAAACUAAACCUGCAAGCUACACUUUGCAGUGUGUUUUGCCGAUCAAUAACUUCACUGAGAAGAUCUAUGUAUUCCUGUGGUUUUGGUUUGCUAUUCUUGGAUUAUUAACCACUCUGAACACAUUACAAUGGGCAAUGAAUACAAUAUUGCCAGUACGUCGUGUACGUUAUAUCAAACAAUAUUUGAAGGCAUUACGAUUGAUAUCUAGUACAGAAGAGCGUGAUUGUGCACGAUUUGUAAAUAAUAAUCUAGGCGCUGAUGGUGUCUUCAUUCUGCAUGUUGUUUCUAAAAUAGCUAGUGAUCUUAUCGCCUUGGAUGUGACAGCCACAUUAUGGAAAAAUUAUCGACAGGCGAAAAUCACGGGGACAGAAGAAGACGUUAACCGUCUAUUGGAAACAGUCAAUCGAGGUUCAUCUGUUGUCUAA